UUCAAGUUAGCCCUGAUAAGUGCCUCAGCAGUGAGCAUCGACUUAUAAAGAGUAGAGGAAACCUCAAAUUUAGUCAUUACCGCGGCUAAAGCCAGUACCAGUUUAGCUCUCUUCCCGUGACGACCCUUCUCCGUGAAGUGCUUCAAAGUACAAAACACGUCUGGGCCACAUUAGACGCCCUCUGUGCUCUCUACCGUCUUUGUCCACACCUUUGCUUCUUUCUCUCCUCUACGCUUUCUUCUGGCAUCUUUGUCCUCUUUCUCAGUCAUCCGCCACCUUUCUAUCUACCUUGACCUCCAACGAACACAGAAACUCUUGGAGAAUACCUGAAAAUCGCCGGGCACACGACCAACGAUGUUCACGAACGUACAUGUGUCGCCGGAUGCGCCAGAGGAGGAGCAGCCUACCAUAGGGCUGAUUGGUAUGGGUGCGAUGGGAAAAUUGUACGCGAAGUGUCUCUCGAAGGGUGGUUGGAAGAAGAUUCACGUCUGUGACCGACCGGACCUGUUCGAGGAUCUCAAGAAGGAGUGGGAAGGUACCACAGGAGUCAAAGUCCUUCGGGAUGGUCAUCACGUCUCAAGGACGUCGGAUUUCAUAGUGUACUCCGUCGAGGCCGAGUACAUCGAUAGAGUCGCUGCAGAGUACGGACCAUCCACGAAAGUGGGCGCGAUCGUGGCAGGGCAGACGAGCGUCAAGGCUCCCGAAAGAGCGGCGUUUGAGAAACAUUUGCCAGAAGACGUGCAUAUCGUUUCUUGUCACUCCUUGCAUGGACCGACAGUAAAUCCGCGGGACCAGCCCUUGGUCUUGAUCAAGCAUCGCGGGACGGACGAAGCUCUUGCGUUGGUCGAGAGCAUUCUGAAGCCUCUUCAAUCAAGAUAUGUCUACAUGUCGUAUGAAGAGCACGAUCUCGUCACAGCGAACACUCAAGCUGUCACUCAUGCUGCAUUCCUCAGCAUGGGAACAGCCUGGGCAAGCGCACAAUCCUACCCGUGGGAGCACGGGCUCUACGUCGGCGGGAUCGAGACCGUAAAAGUAAACAUCAUGCUCCGCAUCUUCUCCAAUAAAUGGCACGUCUACGCUGGUCUCGCCAUCCUGAAUCCGUCCGCGCGAAUCCAGAUCAAACAGUUCGCGCAGUCGACAACGGACAUCUUCAAACUCAUGCUCGCCGUGGACGAGAAGGGGCUUCGGGAGAGAAUGUACGACGCACGGAGGAAAGUUUUCGGGAGCACGCAUCUACUCGAUGGAGCCGAAGGAGGAGAGACGAGGGCGCCGAUUUUAUUGAGUGAGGAUAUUUUGGACGAGUUCAGUCUAGGUAGGAAGAGACCGGAUACGCCUCCGGACAGUGUGGCCACCAGUACGGCAGGAACGGGCGAAGUAACAGGAACAGGGAACAUCUCACCCAACAAACCAGCAAGUAACUCGCAUCUCUCCCUACUCGCCAUGGUCGACUGCUGGGCCCGACUCUCCAUCAACCCAUUUCACCAUCUCGACCUCGCCGCCACGCCCGUCUUCCGCAUGUGGAUCGGCGUCGCCGAGUAUCUCUUCCGAUCCGAAGCGCGCUUGGACGCUGCGAUCCACGCUGCGUUGUACGAUACGUCGCAUAGGUACGAUGAUGUCGAGUUCGUGGUCGCUAGUAGGGGGUGGAGUCAGUGUGUCAGUUUCGGGAGCUUUGAGCUUUAUAGGCAGAGGUUUGAGGAGACUGCGAAGUUUUUUGAGCCGAGGUUCGAGGAGGCGGGGAAGGUGGGUAGUGAGAUGUUGAAGGUGAUUACGGAUAGGUCGUUGCAGUUGCAGACACCGAAGUGAAAUCCUUAUCAUGUACAGCACGAUCUUGAUUUUGUUGUGCUGUUGCCGUAUCCAAUUGCCUAUUAUGUAUUGC